CGGAUCGUGGGUUAGAGAGAGCAGCAGCCUGGGCCCACGAACAAAAAGAGAGAGAGAGAGAGAGAGAGGAAAAAAAAAAAAACCCCAUCACGGACACGGAUUUACAUUCGCUACAUAUCGUUCCAUUAAGCCAAGUCUGCAAAAAGUGUUUUUGUUCCUGCCGUUCUAAAGCCCGAUCUGUCAGGAGUUACACCAAGUGGGACUCGAUGAAAGAUGACAGAGGAGGUGAUUGUUAUAGCCAAGUGGGACUACACAGCUCAGCAAGAUCAGGAACUGGACAUCCGGAAGAACGAGCGCCUGUGGCUGCUGGAUGAUUCCAAGACCUGGUGGAGAGUUCGCAACGCGUCCAACCGCACUGGCUACGUCCCCUCCAAUUACGUGGAGCGCAAGAACAGUCUGAAGAAAACGUCACUAGUGAAGAACCUAAAGGACACUCUCGGCCUGGGAAAAACAAAAAGGAAGGCUAGUGCCCGUGAUCCCUCUCCCACACCCAGCACAGAGGCAGAGUACCCAUCUAAUGGAAGCGCAGGAGGAGGUGGAGGAGUUGAAAGGAUCUAUGACCUGAACAUUCCCGCACUAGUGAAGUUCUCUUACACAGCAGAGCGGGAAGAUGAACUCAGCCUCAUUAAAGGGGAGAGGGUGGUCGUCAUGGAGAAGUGCAGCGAUGGCUGGUGGAGAGGUAGCCAUGCCGGUCGUGUCGGUUGGUUCCCAUCCAACUAUGUCCAAGAAGAGGUGGGAUUCGCAGACCAUGAUGGGGUCUUCAGGGACACGUUGGGUGGCUUCCGAUCCUUGAGGGUGGGGCAAGGGGCUGCGAUGGCAAACGGCCGGCCAGGGGGCUCAGGAAGCUCUGUUCUUCAUGUAGUCCAAACUCUGUACCCCUUCAGCUCAGUUACAGAGGAAGAGCUGAACUUUGAAAAGGGUGAGACUAUGGAGGUUUUGGAGAAGCCGGAGAAUGACCCAGAGUGGUGGAGAUGUAAAAACAGUCACGGCAUAGUCGGUCUUGUGCCCAAGAACUAUGUGGUGGUGCUAAGUGAUGGGCCAGCAGGGAAGGGCCUAGGGUCAAGUCAUGGUUCAAUUCACAUCAGCCACACAGGGCCCUCACAUACAGGCAAAUUUGCAGGAAAGGAUUGGUACUAUGGUAGUGUGACACGGCACCAAGCAGAGUGUGCACUUAAUGAGAGAGGAAUGGAGGGGGACUUUCUGAUACGAGACAGCGAGUCAUCACCUAGUGAUUUCUCAAUUUCUCUGAAGGCAGUGGGAAAGAACAAGCACUUCAAGGUGCAGCUGCAGGAUGGAGUGUAUUGCAUUGGUCAACGGCGUUUUAGCAGUAUAAAUGAGCUGGUCGAGCACUACAAGAAAGCGCCCAUCUUCACGAGUGAGCAAGGAGACAAACUCUACCUGGUCAAGCCUCUCGCCUGAAAUCAGCAUUUGUUCAACAGACAUUACCUCUCUCCUCUAUACCUCUGUUUUGUCUCCCCUAUCCAUUUCCUCUUUUUCUGCAUACUCCGCCUGUCUCUUUAUUGGGGCUCCACUGAAACCUUGAGUGACGGAGAAGAUGGAAGCUCCUUUUCCGAGAACUUCAAGGAUUCUUGAAUGUUUUAGAGACUGUUGCCUCCAGUCUUAUAGAGAGCAGUAGCAACUUAUCGCUCUUUUAAACAGAAAUAUAUUACUGGCUACCUGAUACCUGUAUGUCCUGUUUUUUAAAAAGCAAUUUAUAGCCACUUUUUGAGGUUUUGUUACAGGAUAUAAUGCCAUCUUCACUAAGCAACAUCUGUAGCUCUCUCUUGGCUUAUGUCGAACAGUUCUUUGGCUCUUCCUGUUGCUGGUAAAACAGUGUUAAUCAAUCACCUUAAUCCACAUUAUACUGUAUACAUUUUUACCUUUUUCUGCCCACAAAAAGAGCCCAAACGGCAAGUGAUCCACUUUUAGAGGAUGGUCAUAUUUGUAACUCUUGUACUGAGUUAGUAGUGGAGAAUGGAGUCAUGUGCAUGUCUUAAUCUUGAUCCAUUAGAGAAAGAGACCAUGUGGAGAAUGAGUGUGAUUUAGCUCCCAGCAGAUGGGAUGUCUCCAUUCAGAGAGUUUGACUCAAGGCCACGCAACUUCUCCAUGUACGUCCACACUUCAUAUGCCUAAUACAUAACAUGAUCUGAAUCUGGUUUCAAACUUAUAGAUCAGAUGACUUUAUCAGGGUUCACCCUGAAAUAAAGCUGUGCUCUCCCAUCCUAUGAGACUUUAUACAGACUGUUUUGCAUGUAGAAGUCCGCCCAGCAUUUAUGGAGACACUGUUUGGACUUCUUUGCUCUCACAUUGUGAACAUAUACAGCUUUCCAGGUAUUUCUCUUGGAUCCUAGUCAAUUCAGGGUUUCUUCAGAAUCAGGGUGCUUCAUAAAGGGAGAUGAAUGCCUCAGAAUAGAGGGGAGCAAAUAGAGGGAUAGUAGCUUUUAAGAAAAAGUAUUUUCUGUAGCCCAGGAGAGAGUUUGAAUGUUUGUCCGUUCAACCAGAUGUGCCACCCACUUCCUGUUCUGCUACUAUUGAUGUCUUAUUGCACCUCACCAAAAUGCAUAUUCUCUGCUCACAGUAACACACAUGUGAACACUAAUUCAAGUGUAUAAAAGCAAAAAUAUGAUUUAAUUUCUUAACUUUUGUCAUAUUACUCUAUUUGCCAAUAAGAGCGUUGGUCAAGGGGUUUUCAGCUUUUUUUUUUUUUUUUAAGUUUGUCUGAAUGUUAUUGAGCAAUGUUAUUUAAUUCCUCUUUCCACUGUGUACACACACACAUAUAUAUAUAUUAAAAGAAGAUAUGGCGCAUAUAUGAAUCGUUUUGAUCCAGCAUUAUAGUACAGUAUUGAAAACAGUGUGGUGAGAAUUUAAAUAUUUUGUUCAAUAAAGGUUUUUCAGAAUAACUAAAAAAAAAAACCUUCAGCGCUGUUUGCCUUUCUAAUUUUUCCAACAAAAGGGCUAAACACUAAGAGCUUUUUUUUUUUCGUGCCAGAAAAAAAUGUUAAUGCAUUUAUUUUAUUUUUUUAUUUUUUUAUGAUAAAACAGAUAUUUUCGGUCCUGGAAGCUGAACAGUCAAUAGCCAUGCUUUGUUUAUGAUAAAGCACAGCUAUGACUUCUUCACCAAGUUUCUUUGUAGAUGAGCAUUAUUUUUGUUGCAAAGCAAUGUUCUGUUUACUGUCAGGGACUACAGUGCUGUGAAUAAAGUAUUUGUCCCCAUUCUGAUUUCUUCUGUUUUUGUAUAUAUUUCAACAAUUCAAACAAAAUCUAACAUAAAACAAAGGCAGUCUGAGUAAACACAAAAUAAAGUAUAGAAAUGAUAAUGUUAUUUAUUGAAGCAAAAAAGUUAUCCAAUUCCAACUGGGCCUGUGUAAAAAGUAUUUGCCCCUUAGUUACUAAAUCCCCAAAUCUAUGAAACUGCAUUCAUAAUGGGGUUCAGCUGGACUAGACACGCCCAGGCCUGAUUAAUGCCAGACCUGUUCAAUCAAAUAAACACCUAAAUAUAACUUUUUCAGCAGCAUGAAUUUAGCUAAAAGGUCUUACCCAGUAGCACACUAUGCCAAAGUCAAAAGAAAUUCCAGAAAUGAUGAGGAAAAAGGUGAUUGAAAUACAUCAGUCUUGGAAGGGUUACAAAGCUAUUUCAAAGGCUCUGGGACUCCAAAGAACCACAGUGAGAGCCAUCAUCUCUAAAUGGAGAACACUUGGCACAGUACUGAACCUUCCCAGAAGUGGCUGACCUUCCAGAAUUCCUCACAAAAAAGCUAAGGGCAACAUCCAAGGAACUGCAGGCCUCUCUCGCAUCAAUAAAGGUCACUGUUCAUGACUCCACUAUCAGAAAGACACUGGCCAAAAAUGCCAUUCAUGGAAGAGUUGCAAGGCGACAACCACUGCUAAAACAGAAGAACAUUAAGGCUCGUCUGAAUUUUGCCAAAACACCUUGAUUGAUGAUCCUCAAAACUUUUGGGAGAAUGCUCUCUGGACUGAUGAGUCAAAAGUGGAACUGUUUGGGUGAUGGGUCCUGUUACAUCUGGCGUGAAUCAAACACAGAAUUCCACACAAAAAAAACAUCAUACCUACGGUCAAGCAUGGUGGAGGUAGUGUGAUGGUGUGGGGAUGCCUUGCUGCUUCAGGGCCAGGGUGACUUGCAAUAAUAGAGGGAAACAUGAAUUCUGCUCUCUACCAGAAAAUCCUACAGGAGAACAUCUGGUCAUCAGUCUGUGAGUUGAAGCUCAAGUACAACUGGAUUAUGCAGAAAGACAAUGGUCCAAAGCAUAGGAGUAAGUCCACCUCUGAAUGGCUCAAAAGAAGCUAAAUUAAAGUUUUGGAGUGGCCUAGUCAAAGUCCUAACUUGAACCCAAUUGAGAUGCUGUGGCAGGACCUUAAACGGGCAGUUCAUGCUCAAAAACCCUCCAAUGUGGCUGAAAGAGAUCAGUUCUGCAAAGAAGAGUGGGCAAAAAUUCCACCACAGCAUUGUGAAAGACUGAUUCAAGUUAUCGGAAGCGUUUGGCUGCAGUUGUUGCUGCUAAAGGUGGCACAACCAGCUAUUAAGUUUAAGGGGGCAGUAUGUUUUUCACAUGGGUGUUGGAUAACUUUUUUCCUUUAAUAAAAUAUAUAUAUUUUUGAAAACUGUAUUUUUUGGUUUACUCAGGUUGCCUUUGUUUUAUGUUAUAUCUUGUUUGAAGAUCUAAAACAAUUUAAUAUGAAAAAUGCACAAAAAUAGAAGAAAUCAGGAAGGGGGCACUUUUUUUUUCACAGCACAGUAUAUUUUAGUGUAAAGAUAUGAUUUUUUUUUUAUGAUUUUACUUUUGAAAUAUUACUUCAAUUAACAUUUGCGUCCUUUAGUAUUUUUAUUUUGCGUUAACCGAUUAUUCUUAUUGCGUACCUUAUUGCUUUAUUAAAUGUUAUUUUUUUGUUACAAAAAGCUAUAAUAUAACUCCAUGUAUAAAUUAAUAAACACACUGGAACACUUAGGAAUACAAACAACAGGCACACUCCACAAAUACAGUUUAGUUUUGUGUCCUAUAACUUUUUUUUUUUUUUUUUAAAGCAUUAAGUAAAAAAAAAUCCCAUGUUUUUUGGUUGUUAGAUCUAUAAGACAUGUUAUCUAGCAUACGAUUAACCUAGCACUAAAAGUAAUGUAGAUAGCUUUAAAUUCAUCAAAUGUCUGUAUCCUCCUCUUUAAAAUUGUGAUUUUUCACCUGUCCCACCUCAGAGGUCUUGACCUUGAUCCUCAACUGUAUUCAACAAAUAAAAACAUAAAACAAUGUCAUAAUUUUGACAUUAUCUAACGAUUGAUAUUUAAUUGAUGAGUGGUGAAUGAUUUCCACCUGUGCUUAACACCUGUCUUGAGUUGCAGUGAGGAGUGACGGGGGUUUUUAAGGAGAGGAGACAGCCCAGCUGACAUGCUUUGUGUGUGUUGGCUGCUGCCGUCAUUAUUAUUUAUAUUAAAAAUCUUGAAUUAUUUGAGUGUGAGCUGUACCGUUGCACAUCGAAGCGAACGUGUUUGCAUUGAAUAAAAGAGACUUUCUGUUUUGGAAUCGCCGUCUCACGCUUCCUCAAUCCCUGGAACUCAGGAUCUUGCUACAAGCUGUUUCUCACAAUUCUGUGUGCAACCCUGUGACAAAAAAAAAAAACCAAAAACAUACAUUCUUUUAACACCCAAGAAGUAACAUAAUUUGGACCCUUCAGAAAGAAGGGAGGACAAAUAAAUAAGCCUAAUUUCAUUGUUCUCAAUUUUUACAAAUAUUGUUAACUUUAUUCAG